CACAAUUGACAGUUUACUAACAACAUACGUUCUUCGGACAAUAACUAUAACUUCCAGUGUUUCAAUAAAUCAAAGAAUAAAUCACUGUAUCAGAACUACACUCAAACGUUUAAUCGGAAUCUUCUGCGAAAAAAUGUCGACUCAACACAAAAUGCUCGAUCUCAACGAUGACUGCAUCUAUCAUAUCUACGAAUUCCUGCCGAUAAUCGAUUGGUGUGCACUACGCGAAACAUGCACCCGCUUCCGGACAAUUUCUGAUUAUUGCUUCUCCAGACGAAGCGGAACAUUCGAACUGAGGGACAUCUCUGACACGUCAUACUCUCCACACAGUUUGGCCGCUUCCGACGUGAAACAUGUUCUACGAAAUUUUGGUAAAUUCAUGGAAGCAUUGACUAUCAAUAAAAACCACUUUGAAGGGAAUGUGGAUUGCAACGUAUUGGUACUGUUUGUCGAUCGAUAUUGCGAGUCGUUAAUCGACCUGAAACUUGUCGACAUCAAUUUGACUAUGUCAACGAUUGCACAAUGCAACCGACUCUUUUCCACUUUGGAACGAUUGGUCAUCGAUCAAUGGGACGACGAAAAAAGUUUUUCUAGUUGUUUGGCUAAAUGCACAUCGUUAACGGAAUUAGAAUUUAUUCGUCUUGUUAUUCCUGGAGAUUGUCUGGCCUACAGACACAUUGAAUCUUUACAAUCAUUCAAGGUCAGUCGCUGCGACGAAAUGAGCUAUGAUGCGAUGAAAUGUUUUCUCACCAUAAAUGGCCAGUUGACGCAAGUCAAAUUAUUUGAUCUUUAUUUUCGGAAAGGUCACGGUAGUCGGAACAUACUCACAGAUAUUGCCAAAUCGUUGCCAAAAUUGGAGGCCCUGAGUCUUCAUUUCAACAUAGAAUUCAUGCCGGACCCUCUACCUGUGGUUGAAAUGGCGUCCCUUACGAAACUCGAAGCUAAUUUAACGUACGUUGCCGAUAGCAACGUUAAUGCCAUUCUACAAGGCCUGACACUGCACAAUAAGAUCGAACAUUUACAUUUGGCCCAGUUUACAUGUACUGACGAAUCGAUUGAACUUUUAUGUUCGAUGAAACGCUUGAAGAUACUGAAGCUCACAGACACGAACCAGUUGAAUGCAGAUGUUUGUAAGAGACUAGCUACACGAUUGUCUGACCUAGAUGAGAUUCAUAUCAUUGAAUGCAAAGACACUUCCUUCAAUGAGGUCAAAGAGUUUUGUGUUCAUGUGCCGAAUUUAAAGAAAAUUAUCUUCAAUCGUCCAGAUGAUGCGAGCCCAUCAAUUACGCAAGAAAUGUUUUCAUCGCUGGUGAACAUCAGAAGAAAUCAGCCAACGAAGAAAAUGUUGUUGAUUUUUCUGAACGACGACGAUCUACGUGAGAUCAAAAGCGAAUUUAAAUGGAGUGGAAUGGAAGACACCUUGGUUAAGCAAGAAAACGUUUUGAAACUGGUGCCGCUGGAGAAAGAACAUCGAAGCACUGUUUAUGAAUACGGUAGUGGUUUUAGGUACCAUUCCAAACAAUUUUUGGAUGACAUUGACGUUGAAGAUGAAAGUGGUUCGGACGAUUCAAGUUUCGACGGUUCCGACGAUCAUUGGGUGUUUGGAUAGUACAAUUUUAAGUCGAUAUAUAGAAGCUAAGCAAAGAGAAAAAAGUCUAUUUUACCAUGAAGAUGAAUGUUCAUUUUCUUGAGUUUCCAUCAAUUUUAAGUAAAAAAGGUUUGAAGAGUGCAGUAAUUAAGAAUUUGAAAUAAAGGUCUUUGACUUGAA